AAACGGGGUUGCUUACAAUUUGCGACAUACGCUCCCAGCAAGGAAGGUUACUCUAACUUGAGCAUAAUGUGCGUCUAUCCUGUUAGAUAGUUACACUAACAUUCUCACUAACGGUUAGGGUAAAGUGAGGCUAAAGUUACGCUAGAAUGACACACUUUUGUUAGGUAUGUUUAUGAUUGGUGCAUAAUUUCCUCUAACCUGUUACACUCACGUUACAUCAACGUUAGAUAUGUUUUGCUUUGGGCGGUUAGGUAGUUGUUAGGGUAGUUUCGGGUGGGAUUUCAUGCUGGUUUAUUUACAUCUAGCUGUCAUCCGAGCAAAAGUGCAUGUAUUGGCGCGAAAUAAAUCUAACCAACACAAGUGCAUUUCUGCUCCGAAUGACAGCUAGAUACAAAUAAAACUGAAUAAUUAGAAGAAUAAUUUAAUUUAUGUUGAAAUCGUGUAUUCAAAGUUCAAUUUUAAUUUUCAUUGUGCUCCUUAAUUAAUUAAUUUGUUUGCUAAAGUGCGUGCGCGAAAACGUGAUGAGAAAAGAAAGAGAUGCACCAAAAUGUCGAUCGCAACGAUCCGUAUCCGCCGGUUCAUGACCAAGCAUCUGCUGAGUCGUAAUCAUAUGAUCUCCGACAUCCUGCAUCCGGAUAUGGCUUGGGUCCCGAAGAAGGAAAUCCGUGACAAGUUGGCAGCCAUGCAUAAAACCACUCCCGAUGUAGUGUUCGUGUUCGGAUUCCAGCUUUGUGAUAGUGAGUCGACCGGCUUUGUGCUGAUCUGCUACAUACCAAGAAGUUCGAACCCAAGCACCGAUCGGGCCGCCGAGAAGAAGAUGAUCCGCAAUGAACGCAAGAACCGUAUGAAGGUGUGCUAUAUCAAGAAGGCCAAGGUCGGAUAAGCAGUAUAGAAGUAAGCGAGUUGCUUGGAGUUGUGUUUACACUCCGUCGAAUUGGAAAAAAUGGAAAUAUAACACUCUUAAUCUAAAUUAAAUUUAUGAUUCUAUUUUUAUCAAGAAAUUGUUACAGGGAACCUUCCUUGAAUUCUCCUGGGACUACAUCGUGUCUUCCUGUAGGGAUGCUUCUAUGAUUCGGGAAUCAAUUUAGAAAUCUCUUCGUAGGUUUGUAUAAAGAUUUCAUCGUGAAAUUCUACGAGAUUCUCUCGGUAAUUCUUCUGCAAAUCACUUUAUAAAAUCCCUUAUCAAUUCCAUUGUUUUCUCUUCAAGAACUUCUUGCAUGAUUUAAACAGAAAUACCUCUGGUAGUUCCUUCAAGCAAA